CGGACAAUCACAUUCAGAUCAAGUUCAGCGGGCGACACAAGUGUAGAGAUGCAACCUCUCAGGUCCACCAUUGACAUGAAUUGCGGCCUCUCUGGCCUAACACUGACAGGUCUGCAUAAGAAUGGUGCUGAUGUAAUAGUAUAGAGUUAUCUAGUUAUAAAUGUGUUCUGUAGGAUUCAGAAAUGGACAAGUGUGAAGAUCAGCUGAAGUCAAAUGAAUAUGAUGGACUCAUAUUUUUACUAAACAAACUAAAGAGCUCUGAAGGGUGUGUAAUUAUGUGAUAGUAAAGUUUUUGGCAAGCAAAGUUUUGAAGUUAGGUGCCAACGCGACACUGUAGCUCUAACCCUAAAUUUCUAACCCCGUAGCUCUAACCCUAAACUUUCCCUGUCCUGACUGAACGAUUCAGAUGAACUCUUUCUCUCACGCUAUUGUCAAUGUGGAGUGUGUGGACGACAGUGCUGACGUUAGCAGAGCUGAAACUGUGAGCAACUGUUUCUUAGCAGUGAAACAGGGUUUGAGAGUGAAUGUCUCCACAGAUGGAGUUUGUGAAAGUCACUACGUCCACCGCUGGCAGUGAGAGGCGCACAUUCUAUCACUUCAACAUGUGGACCAAGAAAGGCUGCUCCUUCUCUACACCAACCACAGCACCGUACACUCCCACCAAUCAUCACAAGAGUACAGAUAAUGGCGGGGACCACAGUGGUAGCAGUGGUUCGUCUGGCUUUGGUGGUACCUCAUCGACCGUUGUGGCUCUGUUGGUCACACUAGUGAUACUGAUGGUAGCCACCAUUUUUCUCGGCUUUAUCUUCUACAAGAAAGAGAGACGGGAUAGAUUUAUUAACUUGUUCAAGAACAAGUCAUCUGAACCGGUCAAGUAUGAAAAGUUACCAAUGACUCUUACCGAGGAGACGUCUCUACUGGAGGAGGGUAGU